AAUAACAAACAAGUAGAUGAGAUAGUAUGAAGAUAGGGAAUACCUUAUUAAGAAGAAAAACAAGAAACCUACAAAAACAAUAAAGUCUCCUGUUGUAGACGGAAAACCUUAAAAAUCAGAAACAGUACCAAAACAAUCAGGUUUUCCGUUGGAUACAGAAUACCUUAAUGAUUAUUAGUCCUUAAAGUUGUGGAUUGAAGUACGCCAUAUAUUGAAUCCAUGACUGCAUCAUUAGAGCAUCAUCUUUUGUUAUUUUAUAUCUUCUGAUUAUUAAUACUAACAAAGCAUUGCAAGAACUCUUUGGUGUUCAUUGGUCUGGUGGUGCAAUAAUGUUUCUGAUUGGGUCGAUACGUCUGUUGGAAGAGUGGUUAUAUAAGCAAGCAGUAAACGGUCGGAAAUUAAAGUUUAUCGGUUACUCAACUGCGGCUCUGGUGACAAUGGUCUAAAAAUGCUCCUUAAAUCAUAUCUAUUUGCGUUGCUUUUUAGCCUUGCGAGAUCAUCCUCCGAGAUUUAUGGCAAGUAUCUGUCAGGUUUUACAUUCGCGAGUCUUGAUAAAAUGGGUAAACAGAUGUGUGUCAGGGAGUGUCAAUCUUACCCCGGGCGAUGUAAGUCUGUGAACUAUAACCGGGUACAUCUUAGUUGUGAUUUGAACACAGAGAGUGCCACUGACAAACCGGAAGCUAUCUUGGACAGAGAGGGGAGUACCUACAUAGAGAUCUUAACGUCUGGGAACAGCCCUAUCUGUGGAAACAUUCAGUGCUCAAACAAAGAAAAAUGUGUCGUCACGAAAUCUGGAUCAUCCUGUAUUCUGCAAGGUUGUAAUAUGCCUAGAGUAAAAAAUGCUGAAUUUGAUGGCGGAUUACUUAUGUCUUGGGAGUCUAUGCAGUGUAAAACAGGCUACAGGUACAAAACUUCACUGACGUGCACAGAGAGAGGCUUGGAUAAAAACGCCACGGAGUUCAAAUGUUAUAAAGAAGUUGACGGAUGGACACUAAUCUACAGGGGCCAGAGUGGGGGAACAGACUCUGACUAUCUGUCGUUUAUUUCUAACGGUAAGAGCGAUGAAACAAACAAGAACGUAAAUGACGAGUAUUGUACCUCUAUCACCAAGUCUCCACUCUGUACGACCAACUAUCGAACAUCGCUCAUCGAUCGCUGGCAGUCGCUUGGUAACUUUAAAGUAAACGUUUCCCUGUACAAAAAUGGAACCAAGGUGGCGGAAGUGGUGUUUAAUGGGACAGGUACCAGUCAAGUGAGCUGGUUCUCUCCCAGUAAGAUCUUGUCCAGUUCCUGGUCCGAUGUCCUCUCCCAUCAAACGUACAAAUAUUUCAGCCUUGAAGGACAUGUUAACACGGGGUUUUGGAGAAAUUUUCAAAUAUGGAAAAAUUAUGGAGGUUGUGGUGCGACUGACUUAUUUUGGAUGUCGUUAUCAUAUGCUGAACCAGGGAAGCUUUGCACCCAAGAGCAAACAAGCACCAAGCAGUAUUUUUAUUGUCCCGCAACAACACAUUGUAUAUUUGACCAGGGUGAAGUUGCUGACGUCAUGACAGUGUCUAUAAAAAUGACGUAAAAUCCAAAUAAAUUUGUACAAACUUUCCAAUGUAAUGAAUGAAAAUGCUGAUAUAAAACGGAUUUGCAAUUAUUUUAAAUUUGGAUGUUAUUAAGGACGACGGCGGACCCAAUUCAUUUCUACAAUAGUGAUUUUUAUGAAAAUUUACAUGAGUUAUGGUUACUAAAGAUCUAUCAAAAUCAAUAAAAAAAAACAUGAAGAUCGAAUUAGAUUUUUAUUAGAGACCAUGUCAAAAAUUGAUUUCAUUACUUCAAUAAAACAUAAUGGGAAAGGCAUUUUUGUGAGAAGAGAAAUAAUGUUGUAUUAAAAUUCUGAAAUGGAUUUCCUAUCCAUACUGAAAUAUGAUAUUUGUAAGAUGAUUUUGAAUUAAUAUCAUGUAAAAAUGAUAAUGUCAUUGACUUCGUUUUUACAGGGCACAUGCCAAAUGCUAAGUGUCGUUAUUUUUUGUUAAAUUUUCAUGAAAAGUACUCUGCAAAGUCUAAGAAAAAGGUUAUGUAUAUUAAUUCGAGAUUGAUUUAUGAAACAAGUCAACUAUAAAAGUGUGCUAUAUUUUGUUUAGGAUAAAAUACUUCAAACCUUAAGCUCAAGAAAGUUUUAUGCUGUUUUAAAUAUGAGUAUCGAGGCGGAUCGAAAUGUAAAUGAUUUGUUCAAACUCUGAAAACUAAUCUUUUUAGAUGGUUAUAAAUAAUUUGAGUUAAUAUUAAACCCAUUACAGUACUGCAACAUCUUCUAAAGAAAUUUGUUAGUGUUGAAUAAUGUUGAAAAACAGAUUUUAGCAUGUUUGAAAAAUAGCAAGUUCAGACACUACUCGUACUAUAUAAAGUGUUUAUUACGAUGACGUAGAUGAUUGGCGACGUAAAACAGAUAAAUAUUGCUUCAUAAGCAAUUUUCAUUGUAUUUUAGUGAUUGUAACGUAUUAUUGACAACUUGAUGUUCGUAACAAUCGCUCUAUUUGGGUGCGCGAUAUAUUUGCGCAAACUGAAUUAGGUUCGUCGUCCUUAGACAAUAAUUAGGUUCAAGAAAUGCCCUUUAAAUCAACGAUAUCAGAAACUAUAUGAAGAAAAUAAAAACAGAUACAUUUUUCUUAGAAUAUAUAAAAAAAUAAUUAAAGCAAAUGCGCAUUUCAUUGUAACUUCGUGGAUCUUGAGAUCCAGGAAUAGAUUUUAAAAGAAAGGUUAGAUCAGAAAAUAUUCAGCAAAGCACCAGCAUGCUAUACAACUAACCGUAAGGUCAUUCUCCCAAACUUGAAGAAGAGCAUUGAUUAAGGACGACAGAAAAUACCAAGACUUUUACUGCUGCAAAGACACACUGAAGAAAGGAGGAAAUUAGACCGACAAAAAACAACGUAUUGAAAUACACAAGAGGAACAAAUAUAUACAGACAUCGGCAAAAGAAAGAACCAAGGACAGAGGAUGGUGGGGACAACGGAUAGGGACUUACGUGUGGUUGAAGAUAUGAAGGAUGGUGCAAUUGAAUAAGAACUUAUUUGUAGUUGGCUAACUUAUCAUUUUGGAAAUAUUAUAAUUUUUUUAAAAAAUUAUUUAUGAUAGAUUACUAGGGUUAAUAAAAUGACAAUGUGGCUGUCUAACAUAUAUUUUUUCAGUACAGUCAUAACUAAAAGAUUAAUUUAUGUAACAAUAUUUAUUGUACUGAUAUACGAAGUUUCAUUCCAUUUUAUGAAAGGGUAUCUUUGUUACCUGGUUUUAAAAUCAAUAUGUUUUGUUACCUCGGCGCACGGUAACGUUGAAAACAUAACGUCAAGAUGACGCACGCACAGUUAAAGGGGCAUGGUCACGAUUUUGGUCAAAUUUUAUUUUUCUGUUUUUAUUAUUUACAAUGCUUUAGGAAUGUAUUUUUAAUGAUCAAAUGAAAUUUAGGUGCCAGUCGGUGAGUUUUAAGCAAGAUACAGGGCUCACAAUUCUUGGUCAUGUAAACAAAGCUCGUGCCCUGUUUUUGUUUACAUAGGUUCAGUAUACCAGUAAAAAUCUUUUUCAAGCUGAUUUGUCUAAUUUCUUAUUCAUUUGCAGCAUAAAUAAACAGUUCCUAACGAUUAACGCACGCAUUUGAAGUCUUAAACUGGAAUUUUCACUUCAACAUUCAAAAUGUAAACAAAAGCUUUGUUUACAUCGCGAAGAAUUGUAAGCUCUGUAACUCGCUUAUAACUCAACAAAUGACCCCCAAAUUUUGGUUGCAUGUUAAAAAUGCCUAACUGAAGCAUUGUAAUCAUUAAAAUUGAAAAAAUGAUUUUUUACCAAAAUCGUGACCAUGCCCAUUGGAUAAAAAUAUCCAAUCUUUAUGUCUCCCUAGCUGAGUCUUUUGUGCAUUUUCACCUUUCAAUUUAAAUCGGCCAUAAUUCACUUCUAAUCUAAUUUGUUCACAUUUGUACGAAAUUCAUAAGUUAGUUCCUCGAAGUUUUCUUAUUUUUUUAACGCAUGUCCCUCGUUUACAGCAAAAGAAAUCCUUGAUUGUCCGGUGACGUUUUUUUUUUUUUUGAUCAAAUAUUUUCAGACAUUCUGCUCACUUCCGUAUUGUUUAAUGUUCAAAAUACAUUUACCACAAACCAACAAAAUGUGUUAGAUCUAGAGUUGAACACAGAUGUGCAAAUAAUUUUUGAUUUAUCUUUUCCACCAUUGAGCAGUUUUUAUCGGCUUUCCCCGCAGUCUGUUUAUACUUUUUGUUGCACCGUGACGUCCGGCGACGUCACUGUUUUUAGUCAAUUUUAAAGAAGACUGUUUGUCUUUACUUACUGAUAUCUGCGUAACAAAUCUAUAUAUCUUCUUAUUUGGUACAUAGAAUAUCAUGACAAUUUUUUCUUUGAAGUUUCAAUAUUAGUUUGUUUUAAUCCCAAUAUAUGGAGAUAUUAUUUUCAACAUGAUAUGCUUUAUUGUUCACACAACAAAAAGUUUGACCGUGCGCCGUGACCUCAUUUUUACAAGAAAUUAAGGAAUAUAUGAUAUGAAAUAAUUUGUAACAAUUGCUUAAUUAUGUCUACUCAAUUAAGUAAUAAUUUGACGUUAAAUAACAUAGCUAUGGCAAAAGUCUUCGUAUUUUUUAUUGACCCUCGUAUAUAUAUGUACUAGUAAGUAGUUUACGUCGUAUUUUUUGUAAACAAUACAAUUAAGCUUGCAUUUGAACAUUCCUGUUUCUGUAUAUAAAGUUCUUUAAAAUCAUUUAAUUUUUUAUAAGAAGCAGGUUUUUCAAUAUAAAGAUUGAAAAAUUAAGAUAGCUGUAUGUCGAAUUAUAAUUAUUCAAUUGUUAAGCGUUAAAAUCAAAGCAAGGACAGACAUCUUUGUGAUAUAUUUAUGAAUUGUAUACAGAAUCUUCAGCAACGAUAACACUUAGAGAAUGUAUUAUGUUUUACACCUCUUGAGUAGAUUACAAGGUACAAUAACAAAAGGGUGCUUUCAAUUCUAAUUAUAUACUGGUGUUGCUUUUUAAAUUUCGUUGUUAUUCUUUAGCGUAAACAUCUAUGUUUUUUACGUUGAAUCAUGAAAUAGUUUUACGUUUCAAGAUGAAAAGAAACGUUUUAAAAUCACAUACU